UCAGUGAAUUUUUCGGAAAGUGUGUUUUGCUUGCAGUGGAUGUUGUUUACUAAUAAAAAAAAGUGUAUUUUACUUGAAAACUUAGUGAUUUUUUGAGUUUGCCUCACCAUGGCGGAUGCAGCGGCUCGUCAGCUUCAGUAUGAAUAUAAAGCGAACUCAAAUCUUGUUCUGCAAGCCGAUGUCCGAUUGAUAGAGAGACCGCGGCGGGAUGAAGCUACAGGAGAGGUGGUGUCUCUUGUGGGUAAGCUUGAGGGCACACGGAUGGGGGAUAGGUACCAGCGUACAAAGCCGGAGAAGACAGAAGAGAGAAAAGCCAAGCGCCAGAAGAGAGAUGAGGCUCAGUAUGAUUUUGAUCGCAUGAAGGGCGCUACUUUGCUCUCUGAAGGAAUUGACGAAAUGGUGGGCAUUGUUUAUCGCCCUAAGACACAAGAUACCCGCCAAACAUAUGAAGUCCUAUUGAGUUUUAUCCAAGAAUCCCUUGGGGAUCAACCUAGAGAUAUUCUCUGUGGAGCUGCAGAUGAGAUUCUAGCUGUGCUGAAGAAUGACAAAUUGAAGGAUCGGGAGAAGAGGAAGGAUAUUGAUUCGCUUCUGGGAAAUGUGACUGAAGAGAGAUUCGCUUUGCUGGUGAAUUUGGGGAAGAAAAUCACAGAUUUUGGAUCUGAGGCAUCGAGUACGAUAAAAGUGGGCGGAGAGGAACAGAUAGAUGAGACUUAUGGGAUCAAUGUGCAGUUUGAGGAAUCCGAGGAGGAAAGUGAUGAGGAUAUUUAUGGGGAAAUUCGCGAGGAAGAUGGUCAGGAUGAGGGAGAAGAAGCCAGAAUUGAUAAUACACUCCAUGCUGAGAAUCUGGGAGGUUCUGAGGAGUCUAAGAAAGAGAAAUCUCUUCAUCCACUUGACAUCGAUGCCUACUGGCUUCAGAGAUGCUUAAGUAAAUUCUACAAUGAUGCCAUGGUAUCCCAGGCUAAGGCAUCUGAAGUCCUGAAGAUCCUCAAGGAUUCCAAUGAUGAUCGUGAUUGUGAAAAUCAAUUGGUUCUUCUGCUUGGCUUCGAUUGCUUCGACUUCAUCAAGAAGCUGAAGAAGAAUCGCGAAAUGAUUCUCUACUGCACAAUGCUGGCAUCCAGUCAGAGUGAAUCCGAGAGGCAGAAGAUCCGGGAGCAAAUGCGUUCGGAUCCAUUGCUGGCAAAAAUUCUCAGGCAACUGGACACUGGGAAGAAUAUUGAUGAAGAUGAUGAUAGUCAUCUAACUCGCCUGCAGAAGAAGUACAAGGAGGAACAGCUGAAGGGAGAGGAGGAAGAUGAGCAAAUGGGAAAGAAUCGAAAAGUGCUAGAACUGGAGGAUCUAAUCUUUGCUGCAGGAUCGCAUUUUAUGGCCAAUAAACGCUGUACACUUCCCGAUGGAUCUUUCCGGAAACAGAGGAAAGGAUAUGAGGAAGUUCAUGUGCCAGCUCUUAAACCCGAACCUUUCGGUAAGGAUGAAGAGCUCGUGCCAAUUGAUAAACUCCCAAAAUACGUUCAGCCGGUUUUUGACGGUUUCAAGACACUAAAUCGCAUUCAGAGUCGACUGUGGAAAUUUGCCCUGGAAUCCGAUGACAAUAUGCUUCUCUGUGCUCCAACUGGAGCAGGAAAGACAAAUGUAGCCCUCUUGACAAUGAUGCGAGAGAUUGGGAAACACAUUAAUGACGAUGGAUCCAUCAAUACGGAAGAAUUUAAAAUAAUUUAUGUGGCUCCAAUGAGAUCUCUGGUGCAGGAAAUGGUGGGAAAUUUCGGAAAGAGGCUCGGAUGCUACAAUCUGAUAGUUUCGGAGUUGACAGGAGAUCAUCAGUUGACAAGGGAGCAAAUAGCAGCCACCCAAGUUAUCGUCUGCACUCCAGAAAAAUGGGAUAUCAUCACGCGAAAGGGCGGAGAAAAGACCUACACAUCCCUCGUCAGAUUGGUGAUAAUCGACGAAAUUCAUCUGUUGCACGAUGAAAGAGGUCCAGUUCUUGAAGCCCUCGUGGCUCGAACACUCCGUAACAUCGAAACAACUCAAGAGGACAUCCGAUUAGUCGGACUAUCAGCCACUCUGCCCAAUUACCACGAUGUCGCUAGAUUCCUCCGAGUCCGUCUCGAUCGCCCCGACAAAGGACUCUUCUAUUUCGACAACAGUUUCCGGCCCGUCGCCCUGGAGCAACAAUAUAUAGGAGUGACAGAGAAGAAAGCCCUCAAGAGAUUCCAAGUCAUGAAUGACAUUGUCUAUGAGAAGACCAUCGAACACGCUGGACGCAAUCAAGUGCUGAUUUUUGUGCAUUCUCGCAAGGAAACAGGAAAGACAGCCAGAGCCAUUAGGGAUAUGUGCCUGGAAAAGGACACCCUAGGCAGUUUCUUGCGCGAAGGAUCAGCCAGUAUGGAAGUUCUGCGAUCGGAGGCAGAGCAAGUGAAGAAUUCGGAAUUGAAGGAGCUUCUGCCGUAUGGCUUUGCAAUUCAUCAUGCGGGAAUGACGAGAGUGGACAGGACACUAGUGGAGGAUUUGUUUGCAGACAGGCAUAUCCAGGUGCUCGUAUCAACGGCUACUUUGGCUUGGGGAGUUAAUCUUCCAGCUCACACAGUUAUUAUCAAAGGAACGCAAGUCUACAAUCCUGAAAAGGGCCGUUGGACUGAGUUGGGGGCUCUUGAUGUCCUUCAGAUGCUGGGUCGAGCUGGUCGACCUCAGUAUGACACAAAAGGUGAGGGUAUCUUGAUCACAAAUCACAGUGAGCUCCAGUAUUACUUGUCCCUGCUGAAUCAGCAAUUGCCCAUUGAGUCACAGUUUGUGUCCAAGAUGCCUGACAUGUUGAAUGCUGAAAUUGUCCUAGGGACAGUUCAGAGUGUCAAAGAAGCGGUCAAUUGGCUGGGAUAUACGUAUUUGUAUAUCCGAAUGUUGCGUCAGCCAACACUCUAUGGUAUUUCCCAUGAUCAGAUGAAGGAGGAUCCGCUGCUAGAGACGCACAGGGCAGAUUUAGUGCACACCGCUGCACUUCAUCUCGAUCGCAGUGAAUUGAUAAAGUAUGACAGGAAAACGGGGAAUUUUCAGGUGACUGAAUUGGGGCGAAUUGCUUCGCACUACUAUUGCACUCAUGACACAAUUAUGACGUACAAUCAACUGCUAAAGCCGACACUGAGUGAAAUUGAGUUGUUUAGGGCUUUUUCACUUUCUGGGGAAUUUAGGAAUAUCACGGUGAGGGAGGAGGAGAAGCUUGAGUUGCAGAAGUUGAUGGAGAGAGUUCCGAUACCGAUUAAGGAGAGUAUUGAAGAGCCAAGUGCUAAGGUUAAUGUUCUGCUGCAGGCUUAUAUUUCUCAAUUGAAAUUAGAGGGGUUUGCUCUCAUGUCCGAUAUGGUUUAUGUGACUCAGUCAGCUUCGAGAUUGCUGAGGGCUAUUUACGAGAUGGUUUUGUACAGAGGAUGGGCACAAUUGGGUGAGAAAUCUCUGACACUGUGCAAGAUGAUUGAUCGGAGAAUGUGGCAGAGUAUGUCACCGCUUAGGCAAUUCCGGAAGAUGCCGGAGGAGAUUGUCAAGAAGAUUGAGAAGAAGAAUUUCCCAUGGGAGAGAUUGUAUGAUCUGGAGCCCCAUGAGAUUGGGGAAUUGGUGAGGGUGCCCAAAUUGGGAAAGACAAUCCAUAAAUUUGUCCAUCAAUUCCCAAAAUUGGAUCUCUCAACGCAUAUUCAGCCCAUUAAUACGUCCACUUUGCGAGUUGAACUGAGUAUCACUCCGGAUUUUCAGUGGGACGAAAAAGUUCAUGGGCAAUCGGAGGCUUUUUGGAUUUUGGUGGAAGAUGUUGAUUCAGAAGUUAUUCUUCAUCAUGAAUUUUUCUUGCUGAAGAUGAAAUACUGUCAGGAUGAGCAUUUGAUAAAGUUCUUCGUGCCGGUUUUUGAACCACUUCCACCGCAGUAUUUUUUGAGAAUUGUAUCGGAUCGCUGGCUUGGAGCGGAAACUCAGCUUCCGGUGUCCUUUAGGCAUUUGAUUCUGCCAGAAAAGAACCUCCCGCCGACGGAAUUGCUCGAUUUGCAGCCACUUCCGAUAACGGCUCUGAGGAAUCCAAAGUAUGAAGCUUUCUACAAUGAUCCCUUGCCACCAUUUCCACGCUUUCCACAAUUCAAUCCAAUUCAGACGCAAGUCUUCAAUGCUGUCUACAACAGCGACGAUAAUAUCUACAUUGGAGCUCCGACGGGAUCAGGGAAGACGACCAUCGCGGAAUUUGCCAUCUUCAGGCUUUUUGCGCAGAAUACAGAAGGGCGGUGUGUCUACUUGGUUUCCAGGGAAGCUCAAGCGGAUCUGAUGUUCAAUGAAUGGCAUUCGCGUUUUGGGCAGAAAUUGGGAUACAAAGUUGUCAAGCUUACAGGAGAAACGGGAACGGAUUUGAAGCUCCUGGCCAAGGGACAAAUUAUCAUAACAACGGCUGAAAAAUGGGAUGUACUCUCCCGUCGAUGGAAGCAAAGGAAGAACGUACAAAACAUCCAACUGUUCAUUGUGGAUGAACUUCAGUUGAUUGGCGGGGAAGAUGGUCCGGUUCUCGAGGUAGUUUGCUCCCGGAUGCGCUAUAUUUCCUCCCAGAUUGAAAAACAAAUCAGGAUUGUGGCCCUUUCUUCCUCCUUAGCCAAUUCUCGCGAUAUUGCUCAAUGGCUUGGCUGCAAUACGAGUGUAACGUUCAAUUUCCACCCAAGCGUUCGUCCAGUUCCACUCGAACUUCACGUACAGGGAUUCAACAUAACGCACCAUGCCUCGAGGAUUGCAGCCAUGUCCAAGCCUGUUUACAAUGCCAUAAUCAAGUAUAGCCCUCACAAACCGGUGAUUGUUUUUGUAUCUUCCCGGAAGCAAGCUAGACUAACGUCCAUUGACAUUCUAACGUACUGCGCAGCUGAAUCUCAAUCCAAUAGAUUCUUCCAUGCUGACAAGGAACUCAUCAAACCCUUCUUGGAUAUGAUGUCAGACAAAACGCUCAAAGAAACCCUCUCUCAGGGAGUUGCCUACAUCCACGAAGGACUAACACAAUCUGAUCAUCGCUUAGUGGAACAGAUCUUUGAAACUGAAGCUGUUCAGGUGGCCGUCGUUACGCGCGAACUAGCAUGGGGCUUGAAUAUCAGUGCUCACUUGGUCAUCAUCAUGGACACUCAGUACUACAAUGGCAAGAAUCAUUCCUACGAGGACUACCCCGUGACGGAUGUAAUGCAGAUGAUCGGCAGAGCAAAUCGUCCUCUUCAUGAUAAAGAUGCCAAAUGCGUUCUGAUGUGUCAGAAUUCCAAGAAGGAAUUCUACAAGAAGUUCCUCAAUGAGAGUCUUCCGGUGGAGAGCCACCUAGAUCACAGGCUCCAUGAUCAUUUCAAUGCAGAAAUCGUGACGAAAACCAUUGAGAAUAAGCAGGAUGCAGUGGACUAUCUCACCUGGACCUUCCUCUAUAGGCGUCUCACGCAGAAUCCCAACUACUACAAUCUGCAGGGAGUCACGCAUAGGCAUCUUUCGGACCAUUUGUCGGAACUUGUGGAGAAUACUUUGUCCGAUCUGGAGCAGUCAAAGUGCAUCAGCAUUGAAGAUGACAUGGACACAUUGCCACUGAACUUGGGAAUGAUUUCAGCUUACUACUACAUCAACUACACAACUAUUGAAUUGUUCAGUUUAUCACUGAACAGCAAGACUAAGAUCCGUGGUCUUUUGGAAAUUAUCUCUUCUGCCGCGGAAUAUGAAGAUAUUGUCGUGCGACAUCAUGAAGAGAAUAUCUUGAGGAGUUUGGCACAGCGUCUGCCAAAUAAACUUGUUGGCCCGAAUGGAGUUAGCCCGAAAUACAAUGAUCCUCAUAUCAAAACAAAUUUGCUCCUCCAAGCUCAUUUGUGUCGGUUCCAACUGGGUCCAGAACUGCAGGGUGACACUGAAUUGAUUCUGGGAAAAUCGAUUCGUUUAAUUCAAGCUUGCGUGGAUGUUCUGAGUUCAAAUGGUUGGCUUUCUCCGGCCGUAGCUGCCAUGGAAUUGGCUCAGAUGGUGACUCAGGGCAUGUGGAGCAAAGAUUCGUACUUGAAGCAGUUGCCGCACUUCACGGCUGACAUCAUCAAACGAUGCACCGAUAAGAACAUUGAGACAGUGUUUGACAUCAUGGAACUGGAGGAUGACGACAGGAGCAGAUUGCUGCAGCUGACGGAUGCCCAAAUGGCCGAUGUAGCCAGAUUUUGCAAUCGCUAUCCAAACAUUGAAUUGAACUUUGAGGUUCUCAAUAAGGAUCGCAUCAAUUCGGGCUCAACGGUCAAUGUGGUGGUGCAGUUGGAGCGUGAGGAUGAAGUAACUGGCCCCGUUAUUGCUCCCUUCUUCCCUCAGAAACGCGAAGAAGGAUGGUGGGUAGUUAUUGGAGAUCCUCGAACAAAUUCCUUGCUCUCCAUCAAACGUCUCACUCUGCAGCAAAAGGCCAAAGUGAAGCUGGACUUUGUGGCUCCGAGUCCCGGACAGCAUGAGUAUACGCUGUAUUUCAUGAGCGAUUCCUACUUGGGAUGCGAUCAGGAGUACAAGUUUUCCAUCAACGUGGGAGACUUUCAGUCAGACAGUGGCUCAGAAUCUGAUUAAAGGUAAAUAUGCAAAGUUUCUCCGGCACGCUACUUGAUUACGUCGCGAUGGUGGAGAUUUUCGAUUUUAGUCAUGAGUCUCCGCAACACGCAAAUUUUGAAUGUGACUUUAGAGAGGCAGAGAAAUAGGAGAUAAUUUUUGUAGAGAGAAAAAUAAACAUUUGAUCUUA